AUGAAUGCAAUUUUGGCUCUGGACACUUCUGUUCUUGAUAAUGACCAAGUGGAGAAUCUCAUUAAGUUUUGCCCUACAAAGGAAGAGAUCGAGAUGUUGAAGGGUUAUAACGGCAACAAAGAAAUGCUUGGGAAAUGCGAACAGUUCUUCCUGGAGCUGAUGAAAGUUCCACGUGUAGAGGCCAAGCUAAGAGUUUUUGCUUUCAGAAUUACUUUCUCAACACAGGUAGAUGAGCUAAGAACUAACCUAACCACCAUAAACGAUGCAACAAAGGAGGUCAAAGAGUCUCUGAAGUUACGACAGAUAAUGCAGACCAUUCUCACACUGGGGAAUGCACUAAAUCAAGGGACAGCACGAGGAUCUGCUGUUGGCUUCAGAUUAGACAGCCUUCUUAAACUGUCGGAUACUCGAGCUAGAAAUAAUAAGAUGACGCUGAUGCAUUAUUUAUGCAAGCUUCUUGCUGAGAAAAUGCCUGAACUUCUUGAUUUUGACAAAGACCUAAUUUAUUUGGAAGCAGCUUCCAAGAUCCAACUGAAAUUGCUUGCGGAAGAAAUGCAAGCAAUAAACAAAGGUCUUGAGAAGGUGGAGCAGGAGCUAGCUGCUUCGGAAAGUGAUGGUGCAAUUUCAGUUGGCUUUCGUGAGGCAUUGAAAAGCUUUCUUGAUGCAGCAGAAGCUGAGGUUAGGUCCCUCAUUUCCUUGUAUGCUGAAGUGGUGAGUCACUGCCAUAAAAAUCUUGCAGGAAGAAACGCUGAUUCGCUAGCUCAGUAUUUUGGUGAGGAUCCUGCACGCUGCCCGUUCGAGCAAGUCACAUCAAUUUUGGUUAUUUUUGUGAAUAUGUUCAAAAAAUCACGUGAUGAAAAUGCUCGAAAUGCGGAGGCUGAGAAAAAGAAACUGGAAAAGGAAAAGGAAAAGGCAAGUUACCUUUGCGAAUUCCAAGGUCUUGGAGCUUUCGUGCUCAUCUCCAGUGAGAAUGUAUGA